GGUCCACUGCAGUCCAAUUGCUCACACUCGAGCCGAGCAUGUGGGUGGAGGCAGGUGUGGAGCAGCGCCUUGCACAUGGAUCUUCACGAACUGAAUCCUCACCAAUAGAGCGCCAAAUCACCCUCUACUUUUUUAUUCCCUUUUGCCGCUCCCCCAAAUUCACCUCACGUCAACCAAACCCUCAUUCACAUUCACGCACUUUCAAUCUUUCAAAAUUGAAUCCAAUUUCCUCCUAAUUCUCACCACUCCACUCAUCACUCAAUCCCUCCACAUCGCCACCAAUCCCCAAUUUCCCCCAUGGGGCAGCCCUCGUUGCCGCCUCCGCCAAUCGCCCCUCCCCCUCCCCCGCCGCCGGCUCAGCUCGGCUCCGUCCCCGCCGCUGGCUGCCAGGUGCGCUGCGCCGGCUGCAAGAUGGUCCUCACCGUCAUGCCCGGCCUCACCGAGUUCGUCUGCCCUACGUGCCAGCUGCCGCAGAUGCUGCCGCCCGAGCUGAUGCGGCCCAACCAGGCCCAGGCCCAGCAGCAUCGGACUGCCCCGGCCCACGGCAUUGAUCCGACUAAGAUCCAGCUGCCAUGCGCCAACUGCAAGGCCAUACUCAAUGUGCCGCAUGGCUUGUCGCGCUUCAAUUGCCCCCAGUGCCAAAUUAGUCUCGCUGUCGAUCUCUCCAAGAUUUCGCAGGCGUUGGCUCCUCCGGUCCGCCAGCAUCCGUCUCUCACUCUGCUGCCACCGCUGCCGCUGCCAGAGGAAGUCAAUGAGGUGGCCAUCGAAGUGGAAAGGGAAGAAGAUGAAGGUGGAUUGGCUGGAGAAACAUUUACGGAUUAUCGACCACCUAAACUAUCUAUUGGUCCUCCUCAUCCAGAUCCUGUCGUGGAGACAUCAUCUUUAUCUGCUGUACAACCUCCUGAACCCACUUAUGAUCUCAGGAUAAAGGAUGAGCUAGAACGUUCAAAAGCAUUGUCAUGCUUACAGAUUGAAACACUGGUCUAUGCUUGUCAGAGACAUCUCCAGCACCUUCCAGACGGUGAAAGAGCUGGCUUUUUUCUUGGUGAUGGUGCUGGUGUGGGUAAAGGAAGGACAAUUGCUGGGUUAAUAUGGGAGAACUGGCACCAUGGGAGAAGAAAAGCGUUGUGGAUAUCUGUAGGUUCGGACUUGAAAUUUGAUGCUAGAAGAGACUUGGACGAUGUUGGUGCGACAUGUAUAGAAGUUCAUGCUCUGAACAAGCUUCCUUACUCUAAGCUCGAAUCCAAGGCUGUUGGCAUUAAGGAGGGAGUUGUUUUCUUGACCUAUAGCAGCCUCAUUGCAUCCUCUGAGAGAGGACGUUCGCGUUUGCAUCAGCUUGUGCAAUGGUUUGGUGACACGGAUGGACUCAUUGUAUUUGACGAGUGUCAUAAAGCUAAAAAUCUGGUUCCUGAAGCUGGGGGGCAGCCAACAAAGACGGGCGAAGCCGUUCUUGAUAUCCAGGCCAAACUUCCUGAAGCUCGUGUCAUCUAUUGCUCAGCAACUGGUGCUUCUGAACCACGCAAUUUAGGCUAUAUGGUCCGCCUCGGUCUUUGGGGAUCUGGAACAUCAUUUCUCAACUUUCGUGAAUUUUUAGGUGCAAUGGAUAAAGGGGGUGUUGGAGCUCUGGAACUUGUUGCUAUGGAUAUGAAAGCAAGGGGGAUGUAUGUUUGUCGCACGCUGAGCUACAAAGGUGCGGAAUUUGAAGUGGUUGAAGUUCCAUUGGAGGCCAAAAUGACGGAAAUGUAUGAAAAAGCGGCAGAGUUCUGGGCUCGUUUGAGAAUGGAGUUGCUAGCAGCCAGCACCUUUCUCACCAAUGAGAAGCCUAAUUCAAGUCAAGUGUGGAGAUUGUACUGGGCAAGUCAUCAGCGGUUCUUCAGGCAUGUUUGUAUGUCAGCUAAAGUGCCUGCAGUGGUUAGACUUUCUCAACAAGCAUUGCUGGAAAAUAAGUGCGUGGUUAUAGGCCUACAGAGUACUGGGGAAGCAAGGACUGAGGAAGUCAUUACUAAACAUGGUUUGGAGCUUGAUGAUUUUAUAUCUGGGCCUCGUGAGUUAUUAUUGAAAUUUGUUGAGGAAAAUUAUCCCCUCCCAGAUAAGCCUGAACCACUUGCUGAGGAAAGUGUAAAAGAGCUUCAAAGAAAGAGGCAUUCAGCUACACCUGGUGUGUCAUUUGCAGGGAGGGUAAGGAAAGUUGCCAAACGGGAAGUUGAAAGCGAAGAAGAAAGCGAGUGGCAGUCUGAAAGCGACACUGACCCUGAAGCUGAAUCUGAUGAUGAGUUUGAGAUCUGCAACAUUUGUAGUUUGGAAGGGGAAAGGAAGAAAUUGCUUCAAUGUUCAUGUUGCAGCCAGCUUGUUCACCCUGCUUGUCUGGUUCCACCUGUUGUUGAAGUAAUAUCUGAGGAUUGGUCUUGUUAUUCAUGCAAGGAGAAAACAGAAGAGUUUCUCCGAGCUAGACAAGUCUACUAUGAAGAACUGCUGAAAAGAUAUGAAGGAGCCCUUGAACGAAAAUUGAAAUUUCUAGAAAUAAUACGAUCGUUGGAUCUCCCUAACAAUCCGCUAGAUGAUAUUGUUGAUCAGCUUGGAGGCCCUGAUAAAGUAGCAGAAAUCACAGGGCGACGAGGCAUGUUAGUCAGGGCUUCUGACGGAAAAGGUGUUACUUAUCAGGCACGGAACACGAAAGAUGUAACCAUGGAAAUGGUCAAUAUGCAUGAAAAACAGCUCUUCAUGAGUGGUAAAAAACUAGUAGCUAUUAUAUCUGAGGCUGGAUCUGCUGGUGUUUCUUUGCAAGCAGAUAGAAGAGCAGUCAAUCAGAGAAGAAGAGUUCAUCUAACUCUUGAACUACCUUGGAGUGCUGAUAGAGCCAUUCAACAAUUUGGAAGAACUCACAGAUCAAAUCAAGCUUCUGCACCGGAAUAUAGGCUGCUUUUCACAAAUCUUGGUGGUGAACGACGUUUUGCUUCAAUUGUUGCAAAGAGACUUGAAUCUCUUGGAGCACUGACACAGGGAGACCGAAGAGCUGGACCAUCUCUCAGUGCUUACAAUUAUGAUAGUGCAUUUGGAAAGAAGGCCUUAAUCAAUUUGUAUAAGGGACUCAUGGAUCUGGAACCUUUGGCCAUUGUUCCACCAGGAUGUUCAUCUGAAAAGCCUGAAACAAUAGAAGAAUUCAUGACAGAGGGAAGAGCUGCUCUUCAUUCUGUUGGAAUAAUUAGAGAUCCAGCUACCGGUAAUGGGAAGGAUGCCGGAAAGCUUUCUGGCCGUAUAGUUGAUUCAGACAUGAAUGAUGUUGGGCGUUUCCUGAACCGAAUUUUAGGACUUUCUCCAGGGAUUCAAAAUAGGCUGUUCGAGUUAUUUGUUGGAAUCUUUGAUAUUCUUAUUCGCAAAGCACGUAUUGAAGGGCAUCUGGAUUCUGGUAUUGUUGAUGUGAAGGCUAACACAAUCGAGUUGCAGGGAGCACCAAAGACUGUGCAUAUUGACAAUAUGUCCGGAGCAUCCACUGUGUUGUUUACUUUCACCUUGGACCGAGGAAUGACAUGGGAGGCUGCUUCCUCAUUGCUUGAGGAAAAGCAAAAAGUUGAUACUGGAUCAAGUAACACUGGAUUCUACGAAUCAAGGAGAGAAUGGAUGGGAAAACGACAUUACGUUUUAGCAGUUGAAGACUCUGACUCUGGAGAGUACAAAAUUUUCCGACCAAACCUUGGGGAGUCUAUCAGGGAGAUGACACUUACAGAACUAAAAGAAAAAUAUAGAAAACUUUCAGCUCUUGAGAAAGCGCGUACUGGCUGGGAAGGUGAAUAUGAAGUUUCUUCAAAGCAGUGCAUGCACGGUCCCAACUGUAAAUUGGGCAGCUUCUGCACUACAGGCAGAAGGCUACAGGAAGUGAACGUUUUGGGUGGCCUCAUUCUUCCUGUUUGGGGCACUGUUGAGAAGGCACUCUCCAAGCAGGCUCGUCAGAGCCAUAAAAGAAUCCGCGUUGUGCGUAUAGAGACCACUUCUGACAAUCAACGAAUUGUCGGGUUGCUCAUCCCAAAUGCAGCUGUUCCAACAGUUCUGCAAGAUCUGGCUUGGGUUCACGACAUUGACGACGACGAGGAGUGAGGAUUGGGAGGGCUCGGACUUGUUUUGCCACUUUUUUGGAGGGGCGUUUGCCUAAACCGUUUGCUGCCAAGAUCAAGGAUUAUGACUUGUAACGUGCUUUGGCGAAGCCAUCAGACAUAUGGGAUUGGCAGUGAAGGCUAGGCCCACAUUUUUGAGCUUUUUGGUGCAAUCAACAAUCCUCACAUUGUUAAUAUCCCAUUUUUAGGCCCCAUUGGAUAUCUGUUUUUUGUAUAUUAUUAUCGAUAGCAUUCAUGUAAUAUAGGUAAAACACAAGAAGAUUGUAACUCUCAGAAACUCAUCUCAAAUACAAAUUCAUUUUGCUCCA